GAACCAAGUAUUUUUUCUUGGAGCACAGAAAAGAAAAAUAGACCAUCACCUAAAAAGAGAGUUCCAACUCUACCUAAAUUACCCAAAAGAAGUGUGGCUUCAUCUGAAUCUUCGAGUCCAUUAGAUGUUGGUGUUCAGACUGAAAGUAACAUUUGUGUAGUACAAGAAGAAUCUCUUAAUUCAUUACAUAAAGAAUUGAUAGAGAAACAAAGAAGAAUUGCUGAGCUAGCACAACAAAUAAAAGACUUACAGGAUGAGGUUGAAGAAUUCAAAAAAAGCCAGUUCUCACUAGAAAAAAUCAAAAACGAUGAUGAAGCAAUGCUGUUUUAUACUGGAUUUCCCAAUCAUUCUACAUUGAUCAGCUUUUAUGAAUACCUUGAACCUAAACUUAAAAAAAUGAGGUAUUGGACAGGUGAAAAACAACAUCAAGAGGAGUUUUGUUAUCAACGUGAAACAGUAAAAGAUAAACCAGGUCCAAAAAGGAAAUUAAGUCAUCUUACAGAGUUCUUUAUUGUAUUACUCAGAUUGAAAGCUGGACUGUUUGUCCAGGAUUUGUCUGACAGAUCCCAUGUAAGUGUAGGUUUAAUAUCAAAGAUUACUAUAACUUGGCUUUGCUUAUUGCGAAAGGAGCUGCCUCUUAUAUUCCCAUUUCCAUCACAAGAACGUGUACAAAGAAAUAUCCCUGAAGAAUUUUGUGAAUUUCCCACCACUAGAAUUAUUCUCGAUUGCACUGAGAUAUAUAUUCAGCGACCAUCAUCAAUGCUAACUCAAAGUCAGACCUGGUCUGAUUAUAAACAUCAUAACACUCUGAAAGCAUUGGUUGGAAUUUCUCCAAAUGGUCAAGUGACAUAUAUUUCUGAUUUAUGGGGUGGAAGGGCAUCAGACAAACUCAUUGUGAAAGAGUCAGGUGUGUUGAAUCUUGUUGAACAAGGAGACAACRUCAUGGUUGACAGGGGAUUUGAAAUAGAUGAUAUAGUUCCUCUUGGUGUUCGCGUSAAUAUGCCUCCAUUCCUUGGUUCCAGAGAACAGAUGACAGCUGAAGAAACUGAAAAAACCAUGAAAAUUGCCUCAGUAAGAAUACAUGUGGAGAGAGCAAUUGGGCGCAUCAAAAAUUACCAUAUAUUGGAUGGCAGCUUACCUCUAAGUCUCACACCUUAUGCAAAUCAGAUUUUKUUUGUUUGUUCSUUUUUGACCAAUUUUCUUCCUCCACUGCUGAAAAAGAAUGUGCAGUCUUGAUAAGUAAGCCACAAAGUACUUAGUAUAUAACCAUACAAGUUAUUUUAAUAAUUAAAAUUAUUAGUACUGACCAAAAACUUUAUACUAUUWAUUUAUACWCAUUGCAUCCUUUCAAUUUUAUACUGUUAAAAAUAAUUUUCUUUAUAGAGUGCUUAUACUAUACCCUUGUAAUGUUAUCUUAAUAGUAUUUCAUGAAUGUAUGAGMUYAGUAAAUCAAUUUAUACUUACCAGGGCUCCCAUCCACCUUGAAUGUAAAGUUUUCUUUUCCUCUUUACUCUUGUUGUCAACAGCUCAGGUAAAAGUGCUUUCUUGAAGAAGAACUCAAGUUGUUGAUACAUGUUAUCAACCCAGAAUUGUUUGUCAAAAUAAAUUCUUUCAAUGAAAACAGGAAUGUCAUCGCCAAAAUACACAACAAARUCAAUAAAUUCAAAUCCAGAAACAAAAAGUUGGCCUUGUAAUUGAUAGAAGUAGUUGUGGUUUCUCUUAAGAUAAAUCUUUCCA